AUGGAUUUCAGGUUGAUGGGUUUGGAUGCUCCAGUAUUGCAUGCUCUGCACCAAUUGAUGGAUCUUUCAGACGACAAUUCUUCCGACAAGUCAUCAUCGCACAAUGCUCCUACAAGAUCCUACGUGAGAGACACGAAGGCGAUGGCUGCAACUCCGGCAGAUGUGAAGGAAUAUCCGAAUUCAUACGUGUUUGUGAUCGACAUGCCAGGGUUGAAAUCUGGUGACAUAAAGGUUCAGGUGGAAGACAAUAACGUGCUUGUUAUAACGGGUGAGAGGAAGAGGGAAGAAGAAAAAGAAGGUGCAAAGUAUUUGAAAAUGGAGCGAAGGGUUGGGAAAUUUAUGCGAAAGUUUGUGCUUCCUGAGAAUGCUAAUACUGAUGCUAUUUCCGCUGUGUGUCAAGAUGGGGUGCUGAGUGUUACUGUUGAGAAGUUUCCUCCGCCUCAACCUAAGAAACCUAAGACUAUUGAGGUUAAGGUUGCUUGA